AUGGACCCAGGCACCAGCACCCAGUAUUUCUGCACCACUGAGGCCCAAGGGGAACCCGCAGAUGCAGGUGCUGGACAUGAGUUCUGUGACAAGAUCGCCAAGACCGAGACUGCAGAUUUGACCAAGAAAACACCUGCACAGAAGAGGCAGAGGAACAGAUCUUCAUCCCUGGCCCAAAGGAACAUCGUGGGCCACAGAAUCUCUCACAAGUGGAAGGAAGGGGAUGGGCCCAUCACCCAUUGGAGAGGAACGGUUCUCCAUCAGGUUCCUCUUAAUCCCCCUCUCUAUCUUGUGAAAUACGAUGGAAUUGGUUGCGUCUAUGGGUUGGAACUUCACCAAGAUGAAAGAGUGUUGUCCCUUAAGGUGCUCUCUGAUACAGUCAAUCCAUCCCCACUCCCUGAUCCUAACUUUGCAGAUACCAUAAUUGGCAAAGCGGUGGAGCACUUGUUUGAGGGUGAGCAAGGUGUAAAAGAUAUUUGGAGGGGGAUGGUUCUGGCCCAAGCUCCUAUACUUAAUGCCUGGUUUUACAUUACCUAUGCAAAUGAUCCCACCUUAUACAUGUACCAGCUUCUGGAUGAUUAUAAAGAGGGCAACCUCCGUAUCCUGCCAGAAUACAAUGAGAUUCCUCGACCAGAUUUAAGACUGAAAUUUAAGGAUGGGCUGAUAGGCAAGAUUGUGGAAUAUACCCAAGACGACGGUUCUAAAAGGACCGGCAAAGUGAUUGGUGAAGUAGAAGCCAAACCAUCGGUGUACUUGAUGAAAUCUGACGAUGAUGUUCAUAUCCAUGUCUAUGACUUAGUGAAAUAUGUCUAA